CUUUUAUGAUGAGGGCAGCUUUGUUCCCUCAGGCAUUGCCAGGGAAAAUCGGUCACCUCAGUGUGAGGGACGAGCCCAAGUGACUGUAGUGCGAGCCCUGACAAUACACCGACAGACUCUCAAGCCACAGGAGACGGCCUGAUGUCACUUCUCUCAAUUGGAUAGGCGUCUCAACAGCGUUCUGGAACCGGGACAAGCAAAGGCUCCAGGAGUCCAGGUACUGGGGCCUAUGGUAAGGACAUGUACAAUUCCGGGGGGUGAGGGGGAGCCUUUCUCUUCACACCUGACACACCUGCCCAUUGGCAGGUCAGACACAGGAUCCAGGACUGGUGAGCUCUCUCCGUCCCUGAGUCCCCCUUUCACUCUUUCCUCCUAAAGUUGCUAAGAUGAGGUUUCACAAAAGUUGUUAAGAAACUCAAGGCUUACUCUGAUUUCCCUUAAAAUUGCACAGCUUAGGUAGAUAUAGGUAGAUUGUUGUGAGAGGGCCAACCCUAUAGGAUAGCUGUUCUACGUAAAUUCCCCAUUAAACUUGAUGCUUAGUAGGGACCGUGAGUGUUAUUUCACCUUAAGCCAUCCAAAAGGAAUUCAUGAAGGUUACACACCCCCCCUCCUCACAGGUGGGACGCGACACUCAGAAAGAAGGAUAUUCCCAAGCUGAUAAUGGAAGAGACUCCCAAAAAGCACCAAGAAAACGCUGACAGAAGAGGAACGAGGGAAAGAUCGACCGGGCUUUCCUGAAGGAAGAAGAGGAGAAUGCCAAACCCGAUUUCUACGUAACACGGCGAGAUACCACCGCUGCAGCUCCGGUGAAGGAGAGCAACUUGUCAUCCUUGGUUCUCCCAGCCAGCUGCAGUGAGAAGACCAUGGCCGUAGAAGAAGAGGCAUGGACAUGCGCCAUCUGCCGUGAUGUGCGACGGGACAUCGCCUACGCGAGUCCUUGCAAUCACACGUUCUGCCUCGGCUGCAUCCAGCGCUGGGCGAGGCUGAGAGACAGCUGCCCGCUGUGCAGAACGGCCAUGAAGACCAUCCGGGUCUCUGUGCGGGGAGACAACGAGUACGUGGAGUGCAUCGUCUCCCCGCCCGCAGUGCCUGUGCCCGUCAGCUUCGGCGCCACCACCGGCCCCAGCGGCACUGCGGCAUCCGCUCCACCCUCUGCGCCACCGUCCCCUGAGCCGAUGGCCGCAGAGCCGGAGAGAGUGGGCGGCCUCCUGCCGGAGGUCUGGGCAGCACUUUUCCGGGAGAGACGUGACAUCCUCGACCCGGUGCUGCCCUGGCUGGAGCAGGAACUCCGCCGCAACGGGGAGCCGCGCUGGUGGAAAAUCAACUGGCUGAAGAGCAUGGUCCUGGCGUUCCUGUGCCAGGUGGGGCCGGACAGGGACAUCCUAGUGCAGUGCGCACAGCACGCCCUGGGGCCCAUCACCGCACCGCUCGUGGAUGCUCUCAUUGGAACCAUCGAGAGCCGGUGCAGCCAGGAGGCCCGGAGGCUGCUGGGCCUCGAAGACCCCAGCGGCACCCAGGAGCAGGAGGACGGCCCCGCGGCCCCCUCCGGUACCCCGCAGGAGGCUGUCGGCCCCGCGGCCCCCUCUGGUACCCCGCAAGAGGCUGUCGGCCCCAGCGCCACACCGUCCAGCUGCUCCGCGGGUCCCCACGUGGAGGAGCUCCCCGGCACCUCCAGCGGGGCCUUCGGAGGGGGUCCUGGUGAGCCGGGUCCCGAGGCAGUUGGUCCUGCUGACCAGGGCCGCAGCCGUGGCUCCUCCGCUCGCGGCCGGGGCAGGAAGCGCUCUGCUGGGAGGUCCCUGCGCCCCACAAAGAGGAGGGCCAGCAGUGCCCAGCGCGCUCCUCUGCCCUGCAAGAGGCGGCCAACCCGGCGCCGCUAG